UGUCGCCAUGGCCGACGUCGUCUCUGUGGCGGCGACACUAUCGGUUGCCUCCGGGAGAUGUGCGCGCACAGCCGCGACCCCAGUGACCGUUCGGCGGUGCUCCAAAGCCGCUCGCUUGCCAACCCUGGGUCCCCGACGAACGGAGGUAGUAGCGCGUCUGGCCGCUUGUGCUGGAAUCCGAGGCAUCCCGCAACCCUGUCCUGGACCCUUCUGGAAAGGGCGGCGAUGCUUCGCCAUCGUCGUCGGGGACACUCCGCAAGUGCUCUUCGUAUCGUGGUCGUUUAACCGUUCGUCCUUGUUGAAGCGGAACUUCGAAUUGAAACCCCGUGCCGCGUGUUUAAGAGUGUAAAGCUCCGGAGCUCAACCCCGUGCCUUCGACAGCGUGCAGCCGCUUUUCAGUUCCCAAUCCACAGAAGACAUUCUUCACUCUAUGUGGCCGUCAAGGAUUAUGAACAACACUUAGAGCUGAUCAACGAACUUAGCGUGACGCACUCCUGCACUUCCAAGUCUAACACCAAAGUGUUUCUUUGUCUGCGCUUGAAAAACUCCUUCAAGUACCCAUGUGGAAUAUCAACCGCGUCUGGAGAAGUCUCAUAUAGGUACAACCCGUGAAUAUCCUUGGAUCUUGAGCCCUCUGCAGAAGCUGUAGUGACGAGCGAAGUUUGUGAGAUUGUGCUGCCGGGACCAAUUUUGUCGCUCCGGGCUGCUUUUUCGUUCUGGUGCCUUGCCUGAUCAACGAAAGGAAGGUUGGCGCCCUUUUAAUCCUGCGUAUCAUUAAGCCUGAACAAAGGUCCAUCGCUGAUGUGCCAACUUAGAUACGGCGGAGAUAUUUGAGUGGACCAAGCCUGACAACAGUGUGCUGAUAGCAUCCCAUGUGCCACGUGUCAUGGUGACUGUAUAUCUAACCGAUAGACUAUCAGUGCUUGAAUAAAAAGUAUAAGCACUUGAGGGUGCUUUUUGAAAAUUGUUGGCGUGUAUUACACUGAAUAUUCCUCCUACAUGUGUUGCGGGCCAAUAGGUCAAGAGGUACCGCGUUAUUUUGGCAGCGUACUCAGUUGGAACCUACGUUAAAGCAACGUUUCUGUGAGUGACGUCACAUGUGCUGUGCUUGAAUCAUCCACUUCGCCAACGUGUGCACUCUGCAUGUUCAUAAGGGAGCCGCGGUGAUUGAGCUCUCGGAACAGAGCGCGAUCGCAGGAAGCUGCAUUUCAGGACUUUUCGUGCCUCGGGUUGAAAAAAAGUGGCAGCCCGGAAGCAAGACAAACCUUAUCAUCAAAAACAUUCAACUGUGAGUUCAGAGCCUGUAGCACCAUGUUCGUCAGAGCCUACCGAUUUUUACCACCUGUGUUCGUCGUGCCCAUGUAGGAGCACAUCAAAGUGUAGAGCAUUUCAAACCGACCACUACUCCAGUUCCGUGAAGAUUCACAACUUCUUGAGCAUCUACUUAUACUCACUGCGUGUGCUAAACAGAGAGCGACACCUUCUGUCAGUUUCAUCAAUCAUCGAGCACAGCAACUUCUACAAAACGUCAAGAACGACAACUUCUUCUGCAUUGACUACACACUGUUCCUCAACAGCAAUGUAAUUUGAAACUAUCGGGAGCCAUAUAAAGCAUGUAUUUUUGAACCUUAACUUCGUGAGCCUUUCAGGAAGUGUGCCUUCUACUUGCAAUUGAAGGCUGAAGAGUUCUUCUCACCAAGGUUACAAUCGACAGUCGCAGUGGGCAGCGCAUCAGCGUACUGCCAUAAGUAUACAAAACUUCUCACCAGCAGCUGCAAAGAAGAAUAAAUAUUGGACAAAGGCCACAAGCAUUUAGGACAUUUGCUGUAUUGUGGUCCAAAGAACCAAAGACCGCAGGUCGUAAGAAAUAAUUUGAAAGUCCUGCAUAAGGCAGCAACAAAAGCAGCCUUGAUGGAACUAGGUCCCGUUUCGACGAUGAUGUACGGCGACCGCUGGUCUGACUGUACGUACAUGCCCGACACCAUGGGUUUGCAGCCGGGACCAUGUGGCAGUGGCCAGGAGUCUCAGCUUCUGGAGGACAGCCUUGAUUAUCGCCCGCACUCGUUCCUCGGAGCCAACGGACAGUCCCCGGUCUUACCUGGAGGCGGCGGAGGAGGCACCUCGGUCGGAGGUGGUGCGGUCGGCAGCGGCGGUGUUUCGGCGGCAGACCUGUGCGGCGGCCCCGCUGGCGGUUGGACCACGUCCGGACAUGUCCACGGCUGCAACCCCGCCACGGGCGGCCUGGGCCAGGACCUGGGAGCGUCCACGUACUCCCUGCACUACGGCGGAGUGUGCCCGGACACCGCGUACCGGUGGCUCCACCCGACGCCAGACAUGCUGUCGUACGGUGCCCUUGCACUGGGCUCGAUGGGCGGCGGAGGCAUGGACGCAUUGCAGGGUCAGCUUCCCAUGGGUUCAGACCCAUCGCCACUCCUCUCGGAGGCCGGGGAGUUGGGCGAACCCCCCGCGCUCGCGGCCUCGCCCCACCAGGAGUCGCCAGCGUUACCCACCGGGAGCACGCCGCUGGUGGCGCCCUCCUCCGUGUCCCCGGGAUCGAUGAGACCCCUCCUGGGACCGGCGAGCCCCAACGACUCAGAGUCAUCGAAACCCUCAGUGGAUCUCGCGGUGGACGACUCAAACAGCGAGGACGAGGACGGCUCCGACCUCAAGGGCGACGACCUCGGGGUGGGCGGCGCGCAGAACCGCGACGGUGGGUCCUCUGGACCCGGCUCCCAGCAACAACCUCAAAAGAAACGGAAACGUCGAGUGUUGUUUUCCAAGGCACAGACGUACGAACUCGAGAGGCGUUUCCGGCAGCAGAGGUAUCUGUCCGCUCCCGAACGCGAGCACCUGGCAUCCAUCAUCCGGCUGACGCCGACGCAGGUGAAGAUAUGGUUCCAGAACCACCGCUACAAGACGAAGCGCGCCCGGCAGGAGAAGGGCCUGGACGGGUCGGCCGGCGCCGGCAACCCGCUGCCGUCGCCUCGUCGGGUUGCGGUGCCCGUCCUGGUGCGGGACGGAAAGCCCUGCCAGCCCGGAUCGCUCAAGGACGGAACCUCGUCCGUGCUGCAGCCGCCGCCGGGGUCGUUCCCCGGCGACCUGGGCUCGGCGGCAGCGGCGGCCGUGGCCACGUGCAUGGGGUCCUUCGGAGGGAGCGUGAUGCCCACAUACUCGCACCCGAUGAUACCGCCCCAACCGAGGUGGUGGUGAACGCCGAGACAGAGGAGGACGUGUCGCGAGGUGGACGGACUGAUCGCGAAACGAACCGAGUGACGGCCGCCCCGCCACCGUGGUGACGUGCCAACUGCGUGUGGUCCGGGAGGCUGCGGGACAGAGCCGCCAACAGCGAGCUGCCAGCACGUUUGGCUCGCCCCUCCCUCCCCCUCUCCCCCUCAACGUGGAGUGAACGGAGUACGAGACCGAGCAGACAGACGCUCGCGGUUGCAACCACUGCCCUGACUCGACUCCGGAGUUCGUGGCAGUCCGGGACUGAGGUUGUUGGCGCGUUAGUGUGUGCUGGUUCGUAGUUUCACAUGACGUGGACCGAAACGCGCGGUGAGAUGAUUCGGCAGUGCUGACGCGCCUCACGGCGACCGUGAGUCCGGAGUGCGGGACUGAUAACCUCAACUGGAUAUCGUCGUUGGAAACAAAUCUUAGUGAAAAAAAAAAGUUAGCGAUGGCCCCUUGACAUUGAUGUCACACCCAGUCCGAAAGAGUUCCAGACCUUUGGUGUGUUGCUAACUGCGUCUAACAAAAGAGGUGUCAGAGUGUGCGCGCCCCUUGGUACGAUGCUGUGUUCACAAAGAAUGACAGCGCCCCCCCCCCCCCUGGCGAUUCUGGUAACGAUGCGUACGGAUAGACGGAAAAGUCGAGAUGAUACGUAGGUGCCUCCGUGGACUACAGGAGUGGUGAAUUCGAUGCCCGUUGACGAACACAUUCUCGACAAAAGCCCUCCGCCUGGCCCUGCAUGAAGCGGUGAAGUGCAAAAUGGCUGCCCCUUUCGACAACGCGACAUUGUCGUUUCGACGUGUACAGAGAACGUUGUGUAAAAAAAAGCUGACGCUCUUCCUCGCACUCCAGGAGUGGCGCCAUCUUCUGGCCGCGAUUGGUACCGCCUGAGUUUCAUCCCUUGCACAUAUGUGGUGGAGAAAUUUGUACAGUCUUACAGCUGCAUGCCGAGUACCGCCUCGGGCGCAACCAUGGAGGUCGGAAGACAGACCAGCGGUAAUCGCCAUGUUUGCGAGUGCACCAAGAUGGAUGUAACUUCGAAGGCUGUCCUGCACUGUGGAACAAUGGAACGCGCCGUGUGCGCUUACGGGGUGGUGACGAUGUUGCCCGAGGACGUCGCUAAGCCUACACAACCACGACGCAGCGUUGGGAUGUAGCGGCCCCCUCCGCAACAUUGAAUUUGUUUUGAAGAUGCUGUGACGCCAGCGACCAGCGCGCGAGAAGGUUUUUCUUUCGCAUUUUAGGAAAGAUAAUCUUACGCGCGUUACUCGUGCGCUUCGGGAAAAAUGGGAUUCGCGCUCAGGCAAAUUCUCGCGACCGCCUUCCAUUUACAUAGGCUUGCAGUUGCUACUGUCGUUGUGUAAGGUGUGGUGUGACAGCUCCUUUAAUGGUUGGCGGAGUUGAAGGAACUGUGUACAAGUACACUCUGUGUAGUCGAGCGUACACGGCGUCCAGCUUAGAUUCAAUAUUUUCCGCCUCAAGUCCUCGUGCAGGCAUGAUAGGGGUUGUGUAAUGCUCUGUGCGCCAGUUGAUUGUCAAAUGCGAAUUUCGUACAAGCGACUUUCCCUGACGCGAUGCACACGUGUAACAGUGAAGGCAAGCGUAGCGGUGUCACUGGCUGUCGGUAUUCUCGAUCAUGUCCAUGACCAGGAAAAUUUUAAACUUUGAAUCCAUUGGUCCGUCAAUAGUGUGAUGGACCGCGUUCAUGAGCGGUGGGUAGGUGUUGACUGAAGUGUAGAGGUUUCGGGCAUAGGGAAUCGAUACAGGGAUCAUUGAUUUACACUUGACAGAGUGAUGAUGUAUUCGGCUAAACAGGGAAGGUUCCUGACAAGGAUCUCUUCUAUGAGAAGACCUCGUAAGCCUUCUAAGAAACAUUUAGAAACACACGAUUCCAAGCUUUUGAAAAAGUGAACAUGCUGUGUUUCACGAUCGUUGUUGCACGUGUGCUACUUUUUGGGUCUUCACGGCAGUGAGCACUCUCUGUAGUUGAUCUCCCUCCAGUGUUACUGACCACCAUUAAGGAACGAUUAGCAUCCGACUAAAACUUUUUAUACUUGCUCUUUUGUCCCAAAGCGAAGUUGAAUCAUGCCAGAGAGCCUUAAGCUGCGCUUCUAGGCAAUACCUUUCAAAAACGAUGUAGUCCUGAACUCGAUCGGGAGGUCUAAAUGUGAAAAUUUAGAGGGUCGUUUGCACAGUGGUCAUAUCAAAACACCAACUUUCCACAGAUGAAGACAGCAGUGUACGGUGUCCCUAUCCAUCGGUUUCUAGCUCAUUCCAUGAAGACGUAGACUGACCCUGACACAGUAGGACUAUGGCUGUCCCGUCGUAGAGGCACUGGUACGCAUUGACCUUGUAGCCGUUGGCCUAACGUUGGUCUAACGUUGGCCUAACGAUAUUCCUGCGCGACAAAGUGUGCGGCACACUUUUGUAUAGAAAAAAAAGCAACAUAUCCAGCAGCCUGCUUGAUCAGGACGCCUAGAUGAAACGUCGAAGAGCCUCUCUUGCCGCAAGCUCUACCCACUGAGGCAUCAUGUUUGGACUUGAGGACAGCUCGCGGGCGCAACGUUAAGCAACUCCGUUCUGGCGGCUUGCGACUUAUACCCCGUAUUUGUUCAUGAGAGGACGAAGGACCACCCAAGUUUGAAGUGCGAGGGGCCCGUGUACUCCGAGGGCUCUGUUCCAAAGCCGUGUUCACGACACCGCAAGGGUGACGUAGACUUUGAACAUGCUGACAUAUACCAAAGAAAGACUCUCUGGGGCGCUAUGAAUGGGAAAGUGCCUUAGUCCCUGCGUACCAAGUUAAGAGUUGAAAAAAAAAAGUUUGUUGCGGGCCGAAGCAUUGCCCGUCAACUGUGUGUGCAUGUGUUUAUGUGCGUGGUAUGUAAACGGCUGCGUGCAUUUAGACCACUGGCACGGGUGAUCGUGCGCGGUAAUGCGUCAGCGUUUAACGCAGCCUCGCUUACAUACAAAGUGUGGAAAUUGCGCAAACACAUGUCCUACAUCUGUGUGUGUGUGUUUUUUUUUCAUGCACACCCGUUCAUCCCACAGCUCGUCCAUGUAGUAUUAGACUCCCUAGUUCCGUCUCUGCGACAUUUUCCGGCUUAGAUUUCUUUGUUUGUUUUAAUGUAAUGGGCUUAAAACACAUUUGUCUCUCUAAUGAAAAAAAAAAGAGGAUUUCCACAUCCUCAAAUUGUUCUAUUGUUUCUGCAUUUCACACCUUGAUCCUCGUUCUGAUGUCACGCUUAGUGCCCCGCAUACAAUGUUGUACUGAAUAAAAUGCUACGCUGAAGCCUUUAGUAGCCAUUUAAAGAAAUUUUCCUACUAUGUGCGCCUCUGCCUUCUGUGCUAAAAGGCAGUGACGAGGCGUUUUUACAAAGCUCUCACCGUUGGAAAGUAUUAGGCCAUUUGUCCCAGUCUUUGCCCGCAUCCCCACAUUUAUUAAAAAUAAUCUGUUAAGCUUGCGAGGGGUCCCUCAAAUAUUUCUUCACAUUGGCGGACUGCACCAUUUGGCCAAAUAACGAAGUAGUAUCCAGAAUGACAGCGACAAUACAGGCAUAGUUUUUAACAGAUGACUUCCUUUGGCCAAAAGAAGCUGCCUAAUGUUUUGGCCUCUAGAAAAUGCAUGAUCGUCUAUCGGAAUGUACACUGAAUUAGAAUUAAAACACGCACGGCUAUUUGAACUUUAACGCCUGGGAUGAAUAUAAUUCACUAGUGGAUGUCUGUAUCAGGCAUAGUAAUUACGUGAUAUAUCUUGCAACGAAUCAGAGAUCUGUGAUGCCGUGCAAGGUUGAAUGUAAGUGAAAUUAUGCACCUAGCAGUGAGCAACCAUGUAGCUUUUUGAAAAGCGUCGCGUGAAACUACACAGGAAAAUGAAACAUUGCAUUGACAUCUCUAUGCAAUAUAGUGUUCCAAAUUUGAAUACGAGCCCACAGAAAGGUGCAAUGACAAUUCAACUUCAUCGCAAAACCGCACUUUAACAUACACAAAUGCAACCUUGGGAUCACAGGCCGUGUACAAAAUUCAGCAACGACGAGAGAGAAAUGGUGCGUAUAUUAAGACGAUUUGGUGAUUAUGCCAAAGCGUUCUCCAUUCUUUGGGUAAUGGAAAAUUUUGCAGUCGCUACAGCCUAUUGGUAACUAUCGACACGAGUUUCUAAUUUUCUAAGUGCGUCGACAUUGGAUAUUUCAAACGACAGUGAAAAUAUUCACACUUGUUACCGUAUUGCAUUUAAAUGUUGUUCAGUUUACACCCUGCUACGCGUAGACGGGAUCAGUUCAAGAUAUUCGUCGUAGAAAGGAUUCAAAGAAAAAUGUUUCCCCUUGCUCCAGCAUUUAGAUUGAGGAGCAAUCUAGCAGCACAUCUAGCGUCCAGUUGGCGAGUUUGAAAGAGUUUUCUCUAUCGCGUUUUUGAAAGGUCGUGAUUUGUUUCCCAUUCGAUAUAUUCAAGUGACGGGGUGAGCGCAUAAAAUGUUCAAGGCCUAUGAGUUCCAAUUUUUUACCCUGUACGAGGAAUGCGCCGUACCGCUUUUCAAUUCUGCUUAAGCAGCUGCUGUGUUAGACCGUUCUUUCUGUUAGUGGUUGUAUUGUAGUGCUUUCGUUUUUUUUUUCUCAUUCACAUGCUUCAUCUAGUCUCAGUGUCAAAAUACACGUGUAUAUUUCACAUUUUGCAGACGUUUUUUUUUUUUUUGCUUUUGCGUAGAUGUUGGAGGGCGAAGUAGAAAUGGACAAUUGCCGUACCUGUUUCAAUUUUUGUGUUGUUCCGAAAGAACAUAUUGUCACGUGACGAGUGCAUCAAACUGUCAUUUUACGACAUCCUCGAUGUGACUCUCGUUCAUAGAUUUCUACUUACCUGUUGGCAGUAAGCGAAAGAAUGUGUCAAAAAUAUGGAGAAAAAAUAUAUGUUGCAAGAAAUAUACUUUGCAAAAGUGUUUUUUUUUUGUCCUACUUUUGCUAACGGCUUUGUGUUGGCAUAUGUACAUAAAAUAAAGAGAACGUGUAAUUAAAACCUA